AUGGUUAUUUCUUAUUUGAAUUCGCCCGAUCUUGUUCAAGCAUUUAUAGAUCUCAACUUUCGUUUUAAUACUAUUGUUCUCCAAUCCAUACGUCAAUUUUAUCUUCCGCAAAAUAUGUCACGAAAAUGGUUUCUCACUUCAAUGCCACACAUUGAAAAUACUAUUGAAACGCUCGUUUUAAAUACCACAUCAGUGGCAAAUACUUUUUCUUGUUCACAUUUAUUUAUUAAUCUUCGUUCAGUCAUUUUGAGAUAUGAUCCUUCUUCCAUCGUUGAAUUGAAUGUUGCACAUUAUUCAGCUAUAGCAGCAAUUCUGUCAUGUUUGAAUGUACUUCAACUAUCGAAAAUGUUACCUCCGGAAAGUAUUGAUAAAUACUCAUUGUUCAGUAGUCGAGCAUGGUUUGAUGAAGAAGAACAGGCCGAUAAAGUUGCCAAUUGUUUACCUUGUCCAGCUAUCAUACGUUUAUCGGCCAGAGUUUGCACAGAACAAGAUCUAUUGUGUCUUUGUAUUCUUGCUCCUAAUAUAAUCGAUCUCAAGAUCGACAGUCUCAAACUAAGUUCUAUCAUUUCGAAUUAUUCGACAUUUGCAGCUGGUAUCUCUCAGCCGACACGUCUUAGAAAAUUAGAAAUUAUUUGUAUUGAUUCCGAUGAUGAAGAUCCGGAUGAGUCAUAUCGAAGUCCAUUUGAAAUACUAUUUAAAUCUUAUCAAUCAUCGUUGGAAUAG